ACGUUACGUCUGAUACUUUUUUAUUGUACAUACCUAAUAUCAACUAUUUUAUUCGCGAACACGAAUAAUAUUAUAAACAAUUAAUAAAUUAUAUACGUGAUAACCGAUAUGUACGUAUUAUCGUAAUAUUAUAAUUGUGUACGACUGUAGCAGACAGCACCGGCUAUAGUACUAUAGUCCAUAAUAAUAACAACACAAUAUUAUUAUUAUUAUUAUUAAAAUAGUGUGUGCAAAUAUAAUAAUAAUAAUAAUAAUAAUAAAAGAGAUGAGAAAAUAAACGUGACAUACGCAUGGUGUAUGGAAAUGGUAUAAACGUUGCGAGAAUAUUAUUACCUACGUCGCGACGCAUAUCUGAUAUAAUAUUCUCAUUCAUUAAAACAGCCGAGUGCAUAUAAUAAUAAUAAUAAUAAUAAUAAUAAUAAUAAAAUAAACAUCGAUUUCGUGGACGGUCGGUCGUGUCACGUCGCCGCCGUCAUCGUCGCCACCGCCGCCGUAAUCGUCGUCGUCGCCGCCGUACUAAAAGUCCGUAGUCGCGUUUUGCCCGUACACUAUAUACGCUAUUAAUAAUAAUAAUAAUAAUAAUAAUAAUAAUAAUAUUUUAAGUGAUAAUAAUAUUUAAUAUAUUAUUAUUAUUAUUUAUUCGUCGUAUACGACUAAACACAACGAGAACACAAUAUAGGUAAUAACGAAAAACCACUGACAUCACAUUAUCGUACCCAGUGUAGUUAUAAAGUAUUGUAUUAUUAUUAUUAUUAAUAAUUGCUAUUCUUAUUGUAAAUUAUUACAAUAUUAUAAUAUUAUAAUAUUAACUGUUCAUAACAAAAUAAAUCGCAUUGAAUAUUAUAAAAUCUCGUUCCCGACUGUGUUGACGAAUCCGGGUUUUUCCGUUAUGAUAUUAUUUCGCGUUGUUUUGAUCGCAUCGGGCUCCGGUGUCAUUGACCUUUUCUCCGCGGUGCGUGUUGUGUUGACAAUGGCGGAGCGACGCGCUUGCUGUGCGCAUUUUUCUGUUAAAAACGUCCUCCGCUGAGGGCAAUAUUCUAACGUUGCUCAGUGUGUGCUCGGUUUUCGCGAUCGUUUAGUGACAGCGUAUCAUUUGCUCCGAGUUAUCGUAAUAAUAUUACAUACGCAACGAUAGUGUCGACAAUAAACGAAUGCAGUCGGCCGUAUUGCGCAUUCGGUGUACAUAAUAUUAUUAUCAUAUUAUAUUAUCGUACGCGUACUACAAAAACUGCAGAGUGCAGCGACGAAGAGAGAUCAAAAAAUAUAUAUUAUACUGCUACUACUACUACUACUACUACUACUUGUGUGCGCGAUAGUGUCAUAAAUAUUAUAUCGUUAUUUCAAUAAUAUUAUUGUAAGUCGUCGCCGUCGCCGCCGUUGUUGUUUUUUUAUUUGCCGCCGAGUCGAGUGUUUUCCCGAUCGAAACGAAAAAAACAAGUGUGCUCGUGCCCCGCCGCCGCCGCCGUGUUCCUAAGAUUUGAACGACGAAUAGUGCGUCACAACAACACGGAUUUAGGAGGUAGGUGCUACAAUACCGCAUAGAUACGGUACACACAUUAUACCAUCAUAAACCGACUGCUACAACACCGUGCACAGCGGUUGUAGGAUCCAAAAGUACCUAAUUAUUGUUUUAAAUUAUAUUAGGUAGUAAAUAAUAAUGUUGUGUAAGACGGGCGUCGGUCGUAUAGGUCAUGCUAUAAGCUACAUACUACGUAGGUAUCUACUAUCUACUGUAGAAUGUGUGUGUGUGUGUGUGUGGUCAAACGACGAGAAAUCUAUAUAAAAAAAAAAAAAAAAAACCGACAACAAUUUAAUAUUAAUAACAACUGUUGUUGUGAAUGAAUGAGUGACAUUGGUGGAGCUGGUCAAAUAAUAAUUGUGCAUCUGUGCUAUCGACGCGUUAGGCGUCGCACGUUGGUUCAGCGCUUGGAAAACGGAUAUUACACUGUUACGGUUGUUAAGAACUCAACGAAAUCAAUUAAUGUUACGAGACUGUUUGGUGGUGCGGCGGAAAAUUCCGUUUCAACGAAACAAAUCGCGGGGUCAUUGAGUCGAAAAAAUAAUAAAAUAAUGAAAAUUUUUUUUCCUCGCGAACAGUUUGUCGUGAUAAGUAGUCGGUGCAAAAUUAUCAGCGCUGAUAAGAAAUGUAUUAUGUGUACCAGCUAUUAUUAUGUAUAUUUACUACUAUAGUUACCUACCUACAACCGACUAUUAUUAUUAACCAUUGACUUCGCGAAUAUCUCGUUUCGAUAGUUGUGAAUAAAGUGUGCAUACUGCUUUUCGACCGUCUUCACUUGAGGUUUUUGUUUUUUACUCUCAAUUUUUCAACUUUUCGCCGUUGUGUUUUCAUUGCUCGUGCAGAAGUGCCUAUCCGAUUUACAUCAGUGUGCCGUGUGUCCCCAAUCAUAUCUCUUGGCCGGUGUCCGGUUUACGCUUGUGUGAUCAUUACAAAAGGACCCUGCUGCGCUACUUUACUAUUUGUUAACUAGAUUAACUAUGUAAAAACAUUUUGUUAUAAUGUGUGGAGAGUGUGACAAAAUACGCUGUUUACGUGACAGCUGCCCUGGUUUGGGCGGAUGUCGAUUAUGUGGGAAUUUUUCUUCCAAUAUUUACUAUGAACAUUACAACUUUUUAAGACCUUCAUCUUUAACUAAAUUUUCAAAAGUGAAUCCAAAACAUUACCGAAAACCAUGGUUGAUAGCGUCAAAAUCUGUAUGGAAGUCUGACUUUCUAUGUAUAGCCCUAUGGUGUGUUGCUAUUCUUAGUGUUAGUCAAGCAUCUGCUGAACACCAGACACAAAUUACAAGUUUACCUCCAAUAGUCACGCAAGCUACAAAUAAUAGUGGAGUGCACUUCUCAGCUGGGAGAAUAUGUCAAAGUAAAGAUAUUAGAAAUAAAGCUGAGAAUCUGAAUGCUCUUCGUGGUUGUAGAGUUAUUGAAGGGUUCCUUCAAAUUGUUUUAAUUGACAAUGCUAAUGAAACAAGUUAUGAAUCGUUAUCAUUCCCCGAAUUACGAGAAAUUACUGGUUAUUUAUUGUUAUAUCGUGUAAAUGGUUUAAAAUCACUGGCUAAACUCUUCCCUAAUCUAUCUGUAAUUCGAGGACAAGACUUAUUUAUGUCUUAUGCUAUUGCGAUUUAUGAAAUGGUUCAUUUGCAAGAAUUGGGUUUGUACAACUUAAUGGAUGUUGUAAGAGGAGCUGUUUACAUUACUAAAAACCCAAUGCUUUGUUUUACACAAACUAUUGACUGGAUAAGAAUUGCGCCUUCUGGAAAAGAAUCACAUGAUAUAUAUGAUAAUCGUCCUGUAAAUGCAUGUCCUGUGUGCCCAUGGACAAAUGACAUAAGUUGUUCUGUUUCUAAUCACACUAAUGAACCUUUAUGUUGGAAUACUGAACAUUGUCAAAGAAUCUGUCCACCAGAAUGUGGUAACCUUAGUUGUACUGAUGAUGGCACAUGUUGUCAUGAACAGUGUCUUGGAGGUUGUACUGGUAAGAAACAUGACGAUUGUUUUGCUUGCAAGUAUUUAGCAGAUGAACGGGAUUGUGUGAAAGAAUGUCCAGCCGAAACAUUGACGUAUCAAAACCGGCGUUGUAUUCUGGAACGCGAUUGUUAUCGUAUGCCACGAUCAAGAGACUUACAAAAUGGGUUACAUUUACAAUCAUGGAAGCCAUUUAAUAAUAAAUCUUGUGUAAUGGAAUGUCCUCCUGGAUUUGAGGAAGUCCCUACUGAGAACAGUUAUGGAAAAGUUUUUAAAUGUCAACAAUGUUCUGGACCAUGUCGUAAAGUUUGUAUUGCAGCUAACGUGGAAAGUAUACAGUCUGCACAAAAAUUAAAAGGUUGUGUUAUUAUUAACGGAUCGUUGGAAAUACAAAUACGCGGUGGUAUGAACAUUGUAAAAGAAUUGGAAGAAAGCUUAAGUAUGAUUGAAGAAAUUACUGGCUACUUAAAAGUGGUUAGAUCAUUUCCAUUAGUAUCAUUAACAUUUUUAAGAAAAUUACAUGUCAUUAGAGGAGAAACAUUAGAAAGUUCAAAGUAUGCAUUAGUUGUAUUGGACAAUCAAAAUUUAGUUGAACUGUGGGAUUGGAGUACUCGAAAACCUGAUGGUGAAUUACGAAUUGAACGGGGUCAAAUAUUUUUCCACUUCAAUCCAAAGCUUUGUAUAUAUAGAAUAAAGCAAUUACAAACUAAUUUAGGUGAUAGAUUUAAAAAUGUGGAUGACCUGGAAGUGGCACCCAAUUCAAAUGGCGAUAAAAUGGCUUGUACAGUUAAGAAACUGAAUGUAUCAACAGAAGUUGUACUCUCAAAUUCGGUUCUACUGAAAUGGUCACCUUUCGAACAUUAUGAUACUCGUACAUUGUUAGGAUAUGUAGUUUAUUAUUUAGAAGCACCAUAUAAAAAUGUUUCUCUGUAUGAUGGUCGAGAUGCUUGUGGUGGAGAUGGAUGGAAAACUGAUGAUGUGGAAUCAACAGAAGUAACUACUUAUGAUUUGGUUGCUCUAAUAACAGGACUAAAACCUUAUACACAGUAUGCAUAUUAUGUGAAAACGUAUACAAUGGCCUCAGAAUCCAAUGGUGCACAAAGUGAUAUAAAUUACUUUCGCACAAUGCCAGGAACUCCAAGUCCUCCACAAAAUCUUCGUGUAAAAUCUGUAACUGCUGAUAGUAUAAGUAUUGAAUGGAUGCCUCCAGCUGAACCCAAUGGUGAACUUAAACACUACAUUAUUAAAUAUACAUCGAUUAACAUAUCUGGGGAUUCAUUAUUGAAAAGGGAUUAUUGCCAGAAUAGUCCAAAUGUGAAUGAAUUUCCUGACAGUUAUUCUGGUAGUUUAAAUGAAAUGGUUAAUAAUGAUCAGAAAGAAAAUUGUAAUUGUACUGAUCAACCAGAAAAAAAACAAUCCAAAAUUAAGGAUGAACAACAAAUCCAAAUUAUGAUAGAAUUUGAAAAUAACUUGCAGAACAUUUUAUAUGUUAAGACUAAUAACCCUAAAAGUGAUACUUUACCAAAGAAAAAACGGGAUGUAUCAAAUUUUGAUCUACUAGAGUUCCCAAAUAGUACAAUAAGGAUCAAUCUUUUAUCUGAUGCAGAUAAAAAUUUGGAAAAUGAAAAUAAGAAAAUAGUAGUUCCUAGUAAUCAGUUGACAUUUACGCUGCAUGAAAAUUUAACUCAUUUUACUAGUUAUAAUAUUGAACUAUAUGUGUGUAGAGAAUGGCUCAAAAAUGAGAUUAAAGAACCUAAUCAAAACAUUAGUAAUUGUAGCAUUCAAAAAGCAAUGACAACAGCUCAAACAAGCAAAAAAGAAUCUGCUGAUAGAAUCGAUCCCUUAACUGUUAAAGCUGUUAACGCGAAUACUACCAGCCCAGGUUCAAUUAAAAUAUUCUGGAAAGAGCCUGAAGUUUCAAAUGGACCUAUUGUUAGCUAUCAGUUGGAAUACAAAAAAGUCGGAGAUCAUCUUAAUCCACCUGUUGUUUGUAUAACCAGACAGCAGUAUCAGCAAUCUGACUACUCACAUACUUUAUCAAACGUAGCACCUGGAAAUUAUAGUUUUCGAUUACGUGCAAGAUCAUUAGCUGAUUAUGGAGAAUUUACACAAUAUAGCCAUUUUUUAAUUCCCGAGGCACUUUCAAUUACCACUCCUCAAUUGAUGUUUAUUAUAUUCAUGGUUACUGGAAUGAUUGGUGCUGUAAUCAUGUUAAUAUUCUAUGUUUUACAUCGUUAUUAUAAAAAUAAAUUGGCUUCAACAAGAUUAUUUGUAACAUGUAAUCCGGAUUACGUUAGUUGUGAAUAUCAAACUGAUGAAUGGGAAAUUCCCCGUGAUGAUGUUGAAGUUUUAGAGCCAUUAGGCCGGGGUUCUUUUGGUAUGGUGUAUCGUGGUAAUUGGAAGAAAAAAGAGAAUGAAAUUGUACCAUGUGCUAUCAAGACAGUUACUGAAAAUAACAAUUUGAUGGUUCGACAUGAUUUUCUUUCAGAAGCUAAUGUUAUGAAGGAAUUUUGUUCUGCUCAUGUUGUACGCCUAUAUGGUGUUGUAUCACAAGGUCAACCAGCAUUUGUUCUAAUGGAAUUAAUGCCUCAAGGUGAUCUCAAGUCAUAUUUGCUUAAACAUCGUCCAGAAAUGACAACUGAUCCUUCUCUUAAACCUCCAACAUUAAGGGAUAAUUUACGUAUGGCUAUUGAGAUUGCUGAUGGAAUGUCUUACCUUUCAUUCAAAAAAUAUGUUCAUAGAGAUUUAGCAGCUAGAAAUUGUAUGGUUAGUGAUAACAACAUUGUUAAAAUUGGAGACUUUGGUCUUACAAGAGAUAUUUAUCAGACAGAUUAUUAUAGAAAAGAUUCUGAAGGUAUGAUGCCAAUCCGAUGGAUGGCUCCAGAAAGUCUUCAGUCUGGUCUUUUCACUUGUUUUUCUGAUGUCUGGAGUUAUGGAAUAGUCUUAUGGGAAAUGGUGACGUUAGCAGCUCAACCAUAUAGAGGUGAGAUUGACAAAAAUGUCAUAUCUUAUGUUAGUAGUGGCGGUAUUAUGGAAAAACCAGACAACUGUCCUGAUAUUAUAUAUGACUGUAUGAAACUUUGUUGGCGUUUUAAAGCUUCAGAACGUCCUACAUUUGCAGAAAUAGUGAAAAUGUUCUUGCCAUGUGCUCGUUCAGAUUUUGCACAAACAUCCUUUUUUCAUAAUGAAUUACAGUCUGAAACACAGCGACUUGAUGUUUCUGAAAAUGGUAUCACAGAAACAGAGUCUUUGGAGAGAGAGCGUAAGCAAACUGAACGAGACCAGAUAACAACAGCAUUAGAAAACCAAGCACAUUAUUGGAGAGGGUCAUUGCCUUUUGAACGGUUAGCACCAAAAGCAGAUCUGGAAGAAGAUGAUGAUGAUGAAGAAGAUUCAGAUAAUGAGUUGCAACGGUUGCAUAUUGAAAACUUUGCAUGUAAAAGGCCACCUAACGGAUACAUGUCCAUACAUAAUGGUAAUGGUAUAAAUACCACUAUAUGCUGACCUUAAUUUUAUUAUUAUUAUUAUUAUUAUUAUUAUUAUUAUUAUUAUUAUAUAUAUAUUUUUUUUUAAUAGAAGUAAUUUUUUAGAUCAAACUUUUUUUCUCUUUUAUAUGGUAUAUUUUGUUUUUAUAUUUAUAUAGUUCCUAAUUGUUGUGUCAAAUAUGCAGAGAUGGGUCUAUGUUAUGUGUAUAGAAAUUUAUUUUACCGAUAAAUCACACUAUUUAUAUUUUGUAUGUAACAUAUAUCAUAUACAUAUUACAUACCUAUACACAUUUAAAUAUAUUUUACCAAUAAUAUUAAAAUGUGUGCGAUUUUCUUUAAGUAUAUACACUAUAACAGUUUGUUCAUAUAAUUUUUUAAACAUUAAUUUAAAUAACUUGACUGUUAUGGUAGUUAACAGUUAUAAAUAAUGAAUACAUUUUUUAAUUUUUUUAAUCUUGUGAAAGAAAAACUUUAAACAAAUAAAAUUUACUAGUUAUAUUAUCAGAUAUAAAAUUGAUUGAAAAAGCAAUAGUUUUAUUAUUUUUAAUUUUUAAUUAAACCAUGACAAGUUGACAAGUAUAAUAUUAACACUUUUUAUACAUUUUAUUUUAAAGUACAUAUCCCAUAAAUAAAAGUUUUCAUACCUCUGUUUUAAAUCUUAAAAAUUCAAUAAUUCACUUAUGUUUACAUACGCAAUUUUUAUUUUUUAAGUUUAAAAUAGAUAUUUUUUUUUCAAUUUAUAAUAAAAAUAUAUAUAAUAUUUAACCCAUCUUUGCAAUAUUAAUUGAACAUUUUUUUUUAACUUCCUGUGAAUUACCCGCCACAUGGGUAAAAUCAGAUUGAACUUGCUCAAUGCCAAAGCCAGUGUAUUUUUUCAAUAUAGGUUUAGUUCCUUUUUUUCUUUUCUUUCCACAGGUGUGCAAUUUAAUAGUCUAUAGUUUUUUAUUAUUAUUAUUUUAUUAUUAUUAUUAUUAUUAUUUUAUAAAUCAUAUUCCUAUAAGACUGUCUUUUAUAAAUAAACUACUUAUGUAGUUUCCAUAGUA